GCUUCUAGUUAUGCAUGGUUGUUGUUGAAUCAAUAGUCUCUUAUUUGUUGUUUUCUCAACGUUUUACUCGUGUUUUCCCCAGGGUUCUACUUCUGAGGGUCAGAACCGAAGCGAUGGAGACUUUUGUCUUUUUCUUUUCUUUUUCUGCCCUGGGCAUUCUCUAUGCCAUGAACACAGUUCCUGCACUCCAACAGCCAUAUGUGAUCCUGGUGAUUGGCAUGGCUGUGUUGGUGUUGGUCUUCCUGCUCUACCUCAUCAUCACUCGGGGAAACCGACCGAAAGAUGUCCUGUUCUUUGUUUUUGCAGAAUUUUCCUUUACGUGUGUCAUUGACCUGACCAGCGCUUUGGAGUAUGAUGGCUUCAUCUCUGGCUUCAUGGAGUUCUAUCGCAAAACAGGGGAGCCCUACCUGGGUACGGCCUAUGCCAUCAUGAUGUGUUACUGGGACGGAAUAGCUCAUUUCAUCAUGUACCUCAUAAUGAUCAGCAAGAUAACGGAGAGCAAAGGGUACCGCACACUGGGCCUGUUCUGGGCUGGCUCCCUGUGCGCCAACAUGAGCGUCUUCAUCAUCGGCAUUGUAGCAGGGAAAUAUGGCUCGGAGAUCCGACCGGCUUUCUGGCUCAACUUCCUCUUCCUGUUGAUGCCCGUGUGGGGCGCGCUCACACUGUUUGCUAGACCGAAGGACAGACCACUGAUCGGGGGGUAUAACGCUCAGCACGCACAGAGCAUGAAGCUCAUCUGGCGACCCUUGGACCUGAUCCUGGUGUUUCUCCUGUUGGCCGCCAUGGCCUUCACCGUCCUCCGAGGCCUGGCGGCGCUGGACUCGCCGGUAGGAGCCUGUUCUUUCUACGUGAAGCACUACGAGCCCUACUUGCGGGAUCCAGCGGGCUACCCCAGGGUGAUGAUGCUGCACAUGUUCUUCUAUGGACUACCACUGCUGGGAGCAUUUGUCUACGGUCUCCUGAAGCCGGGCUGCACGUGGAUGUCUGACUGGACUAUCUUCUUUUCAGGAGCAAUGAUUCAGUGCCAGUGGGCUCACAUCGGGGGGUCCUUCCAUCCAUACACCAAGGCUCCGUUUCGCGUCCCAAACGACGUCUUCUGCCUCGUUCUGGCAGCCAACUUGCUGUACGCCCUCACUCCGCUCCUGGUGGCCCUUCGUGUUCGCAGUAACCCGUAUUUCUUCCUGAAGAUAGCCUCCUUCCCUGGGCAAACUGGUCUGCCAAAUAGUGAGGAGAAAGAUACCAAGUAUAAAGACAAAUAGUCAACGUUGUAAAAUAUGUGAUGACUUGAAUUGAAAAUAAAAGUUAUAAUUACAACAGA